AUAGGCAAAAGGACGGGGCGAAGCGGUGCAAGGAGCCUUUUGCUUCCUUGGCAGCAAAGCUGACGGCGGGCGCUGCAUGAUGGUCUCGCGCGUCCUCGGCUCCCUCCGCAGAGCUGCGUUAUCGGGGUGCAAAGCCCAGGUAAAGCCGGGAAAGAGGCGCCAGGCUUCAGAUUUCUUCUCCUGACUUCCCAAGUCCCUCGGGAACGAGGCUGCCAACUUUUAAACUGCUUUAUUCCCGCCCCCGUGUAGCUGUGCAAUUAAACGCGCCCAUGGGUAUGGAGACCAUACCAUUUUUAACCGUAUCACAUUUUCCGGGAAGGGUAGGGGAAAACCGUCACCUGCUCAUUUUCACGCAGCGAGCUCCUGUUUCAGACACCCGGGAUUUGGGGAAAGGAAGGUUCCCAGUUCCCACGUGGGGAGGCAGACACGCUUGUAGGGUCCCCCUGCCUGUAAGAGCUGCACGACAGGCAGGCACCCAACAGGUGUGUGGCGCUCCCAAGAUGGGAAGGUGUUACCUGUUGGAUUUCUGUCUGCUACGUGAAUCUUUAACGGUGCAGGAGCCUGCCCGGAGAGGAGGAAAGCAGAGGCACGUUGGAACGGAAUAAUAUUCCUUCAGUAUGAAUCUCAACCAUCGCUGACUCUCUUAGAUGAGUUGCGUCAUUCGGUUUGGAUCUCCAGCUUUAUAACUGGCCCCUGUGCCUUUAAGAUACAGGUGAUUCACCUUCUUCAGCUCAAGAACUGCCGUCAAGGUUAGCCAACCGGAAGGUUGCAGGCCAGAGGUGAUCAUUGGCAAAGGCCCCACCAAAAACGCACACAAAGCACAUUGCAUUGCUGGGUUGAGAUAUUUCCUGCAAACUCUGCACUGCAAAGGGGCAAUUUCUUCCCCUUGGCAGUACAGUGGUACCUCGGGUUAAGUACUUAAUUUGUUCUGGAGGUCUGUUCUUAACCUGAAACUGUUCUUAACCUGAAGCACCACUUUAGCUAAUGGGGCCUCCCACUGCCGCCGCGCCGUCGGAGCACGAUUUCUGUUCUCAUCCUGAAGCAAAGUUCUUAACCUGAGGUACUAUUUCUGGCUUAGCGGAGUCUGUAACCUGAAGUGUAUGUAACCUGAAGCGUCUGUAACAUGAGGUACCACUGUAUUGCUGCCCUUCAGGGUCUACACUGGCCCCUUGUUCUCUUGCAGAAAUGAUUCAAGCUACUGAUCCUAAUCUACAGGUUUCCCAGUGCACUCGCUUCUUUGUAUCCUAUUACAAUCUCCAAGAUAAUGAAUCUUUUUGAGGAUGCCCUUUUCACGAGACCAUAUGUGCAUCAGAAGGCAACUGGAUUAAAGACAGAUGUUCCCAUGACUGCCUCUCCCUCACCGCUGCCCAAGUUACAGAAUUCUCCUUCUGUUGAUAUUACAGAGCAUUUUAAAAAAAUAUAUUGUAAGACCCAGUGCUGUCCUUUGGAAUUUAGGAAUAAGUCAGGAAAGGGUGGGAAAUUUCAAGGAAGUUGAUAAAAUGUUUUUAUGAGAUUCUUCUCUCCCUGCUGUUUUUUCUUCCCAAACUUGUCUUCAGGAUGUGCUAUGAAUUUAAAUUUAUAUAUGUAGCCAUUGAAGAUGAAAAGCUACUGAGCAAACAAGAUCAAACUUGUUUAGGGAAAUUUUUAAUGUUUGGUGUUUUAUGGUGUUUUUAAUAUUCUGUUGGGAGCUGCCCAGAGUGGCUGAGGAAACCCAGCCAGGUGGGCAGGGUGUAAAUAAUAAAUUAUUAUUGUUAUUAUUAUUAAUUUAGGUUUGUUGCACUAGGUAGAUUAAAAAAUUAAAGAAGCAUUUGCAGCUUCACAUACUAAAACUAUACCUUGUAAUAGAGCAUACUACUGAUCCAAAUAAUUAUUAGCAUGGUUGCAAACCUAGAAACAAAACCCUCAUUUCAUUUUCUAACUGGAAUUCUUGCUUUUAUGUCUCUCUUUUAAGCCAAGUGUGUAUCAGGUUUGCUCGUCUCUUGCCACAGGACCCAGGCAAGAUGUUGGCACCUUCUAUGAACUCCGUACUUACGAUAUCAAACCAGCAAAGGCAAAGGAAUUCCUCGAGUUGGUCAAUAAAAGCAUCAACAUUCGCGUGGCUCACUCAGAGAUGAUUGGAUUCUGGACAGCGGAGUUUGGGUCAAUGAAUAAGGCUUUCCACAUUUGGAAAUAUGGUAGGUACUGCGCGGUAGCGCUUUAACCAUGUGGGACCUCUAUGCAGAUCCCGAGUAGGAUAUUUCUCAAGCGAUCGUAGAUAUUUCAGGAAGGUUUACUGCCAGGUUAAAGGUAAAGGUAAAGGGGCCCCUGACCAUUAGGUCCAGUCGUGGCUGACUCUGGGGUUGCUGUGCUCAUCUCGCUUUAUUGGCCAAGGGAGCCGGCGUACAGCUUCCGGGUCAUGUGGCCAGCAUGACUAAGCCGCUUCUGGCGAACCAGAGCAGCACACGGAAACACCGUUUACCUUCCCGCCAGAGCGGUACCUAUUUAUCUACUUGCACUUUGACGUGCUUUUGAACUGCUAGGUUGGCAGGAGCAGGGACUGAGCAACGGGAGCUCACCCCGUCGUGGGGAUUUGAACCGCGGACCUUCUGAUCGGCAAGCCCUAGGCUCUGUGGUUUAACCCACAGAGCCACCCGCGUCCCACUGCCAGGUUAAUUCGCUGCAAUUAUUGUAAAUGUCUGUAUCCAAAUUUAGACCUGGGAUUCUGGAGUCCAGGUGGCUGAAGCCAGCGAUCAGAAGCAGUGCUGUGUUUGACCAAGCAAUAGCCCAGACUCCUAGUUUUUGUAUCAGUCCUAGUCAGCACAGAGACUUCCAAUGGCUUGUCAAUCACAGAACUUGAUAUUGCACACCUAGGCUGUGCCCACAUUAGAGCAUUCAUGCAAAGGUGAACCAAAUAUUUUCUGUGUGCGUGUUUGUGUAGCUUCACACACGAGCAAUUUCGGUCUUGUGCUCCAAAAUCAUCCUCAAUGUUUCUCACCCAUGCUGGCAGCCAGUGCUCAACGGGAUAUAUUUGCGCUGUGUGUUGUGCCAUCCUUUCCAUUGAUAUUUCCCUACCCACCAUAAAUUCUGAAAACCUGAUGGGUUUCUUGGGUAUGCACAUAAGUAUUUACCUCUAUGCACCUACUUAAAGGUCCUUGUGCAAGAACAAACUGUCCUUGUGCAAGAACAAAAUUCCAUCAAACCAGAUUAUUAUUACAGUGGUACCUCGGGUUACAGACGCUUCAGGUUACAGACUCCGCUAACACAGAAAUAGUACAUCAGGUUAAGAACUUUGCAUCAGGAUGAGAACAGAAAUCGCGCGACAGCAGCAGGAGGCCCCAUUAGCUGAAGUGGUACCUCAGGUUAAGAACGGUUUCAGGUUAAGAAUGGACCUCCAGAACGAAUUAAAUUCUUAACCCGAGGUAAAGGUAAAGGUAAGGGUAAAGGGAUCCCUGACCAUUAGGUCCAGUCGUGGCCGACUCUGGGGUUGAGGCGCUCAUCUCGCUUUACUGGCCGAGGGAGCCAGCGUACAACUUCCGGGUCAUGUGGCCAGCAUGACUAAGCCACUUCUGGGGAACCAGAGCAGUUUACCUUCCCACCGGAGCGGUACCUAUAUAUCUACUUGCACUUUGACGUGCUUUCGAACUGCUAGGUUGGCAGGAGAAGGGACGGAGUGACGGGAUCUCACCCUGUCGCGGGGAUUCGAACCGCCGACCUUCUGAUCAGCAAGUCAUAGGCUCUGUGGCUUAACCCGAUGUACCACUGUAUUAAUAAAUAAUAAUAAUAAUAAUAAUAAUAAUAAUAAUAAUAAUAAUAAUAUUAGCCUGGCCAUUGAACCUGGCCAAAGGAGUUCUAACACUUCUUUGCUUUCUUAUAUAGACAACUUUGCUCACAGGAGAGCUGUAAGGAAAGCUGUGGUCGCUGAUAAAGAAUGGCAGGAAAGAUUGUCAGUACUUCUUCAAUUCCUAGACAAGCAGCAUAUGGAAAUUGCUUACAUGGUCCCCUGGUGUGAGCUCGGGAGUUCUCCAAAGCCAGGUGAGCUGUCUUACUGCACUAACAGUAUACGGUACUGGUCUUUAGUAUUGGAACAAAUUUCAGGGAGCAUUUCGAGGAGAGGGCAUAAGUAACAUUACUGGUCCUUGUGCCACCAGAGAGCUCUGGUUAAAGUUACCACAGGCUGCUCUGGCCGUUUCUGGUCACUGGGUCAAAGGGAAAGAGGAAUUCCUAUGAGAAGUGCCCUGCAAAUGUGGUGCUGUGCAGAUUCCUAAUUUCUGGAAGAAGCCACUCCAAAGCUCAUGGGCGUAGCUGGGGGGGCAGGGGGGGCCACUGCCCCCCAAUCAAUAAAAAUACAUAGCUAACUGAGGUUCUGCCCCUCCUAACAAAAGGCCUGCCCGCCCCCCGCAACAAAAUUCCUAUGUCCAUGCCAAAGCUCUUCAUGGUUUGCAGUUGAAUUUGAAACAUGCUUCAUACUGUAGUAGAAUCAUUUGGUCAAAAAUAAAACAGACAUGCAAGGAGGUAAGCAGGAGAAACAGAAGUGGAAUUUUUCGUAGCCUGAUCUCUUCCCCCCAUUAACGGACCUAAGCUACAGCUUUGGUUCAAAACAUCCAUAUUUCAUAGUGAUUCAAAAAACAGUGCAUGUCUCCCAGUAUAUUUCGUCGUUCAUAUCGGUAGAAUAUCUUUCCAUAUCCGUAGCUUCCCCGAGAUAAAACUGUUUUGCCCACUUCAGAUCUUGAGAGGUUUUUAAUCCCCUUCUCUAAAAUACACCUACCCACAGAUAAGGGUAGAAGAACUACCCUUAUAUGGAUUUGCAGGGGAGAAUUGGCAGUGAUGGGUACAUAGUUGUAACUGCUCAAAAACGAAAAAUAAAUUAGAAACCUAAGCACGCUGUUCAAAGAGAGGGAAGCAUAGAUGUUCACGAAAUGCAGAAAUAAGAUUUUGGGUCAUCAUCAAAGAACUAUAAAGUAGGCUGAAAAUAAAUUGUGAAGCAAAUAGGAAUGUUGGUGAAGAUAUCGGCAUAGGGUGAGCAGCUUUUUAUUUUGUAUUUUACUAUAAUUUCUCUCUCCUCCCUCUACCCCACCCCACCCCACCCCUCUAGGAGUUUAUGAGUUGGUUACUUAUCAGCUGAAACCAGGUGGACCUGCUUUGUGGGGAAAGUCAUUUAAAGCAGCGAUUGAUGCGCACAUCAGCAAAGACUAUUCCAAACUGAUUGGUGUCUUCCAUACAGAAUAUGGAUUACUUAAUACAGGUACAAAACCUUUUCCCUGUGUUGUUAUGAUCUGUAGUUUCACACAUAGAAUCAUAGAACUGUAGAGUUGGAAGGGACCCCGAGUAUCAUCUAGUCCAGGUAUGUCCAAAGUCCGUUUCGGGGGCCUAAUGCGGCCCACCUGCCUGUGUAAUCCGGCCCCUGUGGCAGUUUAUUUCCUGGGGUAAAAUCCUUUUAAAAAAUCCUUAAAAAAAAACUUCAACCCUAAAAAAAGCUCAAAAACUUCAAUCCUAAAAAAAGGUCAACGACUUUGGUUGGCCCUCACUUCAUCAAAUCUGGCCCUCUUUGAUCUAGUCCAACCCCCUGCAAUGCAGGAAUAUGCAGCUGUCCCAUACGGGGAUCAAACCGGCAACCUUGGCAUUAUCAGCACCACAUUCUAUCCCAGUGAGCUAUCCAGGCUGUUGGUCAUGCUCGGCUAGACAUGCUGGUCUCCAUUCAUAUCUGUGGAGGGACCUGACAUGCACCGACAUUCCUUUGGGCUAUGGAUUAUGUGCAGUGGUGAAGCAGAAAGUAAUAUCUUGAAGCUGUCGUCUUAAUCCUGUGACUUCUCCCCUUCUUUGUUAAUCACUUCCAUUUAUCACCACACCCUCCCAUAUUUGGCCAUGCAUAGGAGGUAAUGAUGAAAGGUACUUCUGAACAUGCACAGAGUGAGUUUACAUAAAGACAUAAGAAGAGUACUGUUGGGUCAGGUCAAAGUCUCGUCCAGCAACCUGUUCUCGCAGUAGCCAAUCAGAUGCCCAUUGGGACUUGUGCGCCCCGGAUCUUCCUCUCUAGAUCUAGGUGUUGCAGAUAUUAAUAUUGUGCAGUUUGAAGUAACUGGGUGCAUGAAAACUGACUCCUUUUGCAAAUGAAGCAUUGUCCAGACCCAUGAAAACAUUGUUCAAAUUUUACUAGCAGAACUCUUCAAAAUAAAACAGAAACAUCAAAUGAUAUAUCCAAAAAUAUUCAUACAAUGUCUUGUGCUAUCCAGCACAGGCUCUGCAUCUUAGAAAAUAUGAAAUAACCCAAACAGACCUAUAAGCAAAGGUCUCUCUCUCUCUCUCUCUCCCCACAACCUGCUUUCCAGCCUUCAUUGGCCUUAGUGUCACGGUCUGGUUCACGGGCGAUCGAAGUCCCAGCUGGGGACGUCGGGACCAGGGGCAAGAUGGCAGGGUGGGAGCAGGAACGGGAGUCCAGAAGCCAGAAAGCCAAGAGUCCGAGGGUCAGAGAGCCAGGAGUCAAGAAGCCAAGGGUCCGAGGAUCAGGAAGCAAUGAGUCACGAAGUCAGGGGUCCAAGGAUCAAGAAGCAAGGAGUCAAACACAGCAAGGCAGGGAAUAUGUUGCUGUGGCAAAGAGCUAAAGGGAAAAUGCUGACCUUAAAUCCCUUCCCGGCUCUUGCCACCAGGUGCUGUGAGUUACCAAUCGGCCUCACUUGUGUGGCCAUGCCUUGCCUCUUCAGAACAAACUUAGGAAAGCCCCAGUCCUGCAGAGUCCUAUUGGCCACAGGGCCUGGCUCCUGCACGCACACCUGACACUUAGGCUGAGAGCUUCAUCUACAUCUUCACUCCAUAGAGUUUGGAAGACCAAGACUCAAAGGCAGCUCCCUUCAAAAUGGAGAUUUGCAACUCAAUACCUUCAUUACGUGAUCUAAGGUUAUAACACUCGCAUGUUAACUAGCAGAAAGCAACAAUCAGAUUCACUCAGCAAAAGCCCAGAGUCCUUUAGAAAACAAUACUGGAAAAACCCCAAUAUUAGCAACCCUUCAGCAAUACAUGUUUAGCCACAUUCCAUUUUAAACCUUCAUUAGUACACAUACAUUUUUCAUUUCUGUUUGAACUGAAUCAGUUAUACUUAACCGUGGAUAAACUUUUUCCAGAGCUGACCUUGGUUUUGCUCCUGUUUUCACAGUUCAUGUGCUUUGGUGGUAUGAGAAUCCUGAUAGCCGUGCGGCUGGGAGGCAUUUUGCCCACGAAGAUGCCAGGGUGGUAGCAGCAGGUAAGAGGUGAUGGUGUGUCUUGGCAUAUGUGCCAACAUUUCUUUAACGCUGCUCAGAAAGUUUAACCCGGUUUUGUCCUACAUUGCAUUUACUUUCAGUACGGGAGAACGUUCAGUACUUGGAAUCCCAGCAAAACAUGCUCCUGAUUCCUGCACCAUUUUCGCCUUUGAAAUAGUUCUCUAGCAGAUGAAAGGCAACAGAUGAACACAUCCUUUCUUUAUUUCGGCACUUUUAUCCUCCAAUUGCAAUGUUUGUGCCUUGAUGCAAAUUGAGUGUAGUCUUGCAAAAUGCUGAAUUGCGUGUGCGAAACUUGAUGUUCCCGCUGCUUGCUAGCAAAGAAUACACACUAGCUUGCUUGUCUUAAAAAUAUGUAGAUUCAAACUAUAGUUAUAUAUUUACUUAUUAUGACAUUUAUAUCCCAUUUAUCCUCCAAGGGGUUUAAAUGGGCUUAUAUGCUUCUUCUCUCCAUUAUAUCCUCACAUCAGCCCUGUGAGGUAGGCUAGGCUGAGUGAUAGUGAUUAGUCCGGGGUCACCCGGACUUCAUGGUUACUUCAUGGCCAAUCGGGAAUUUGAACCCCUGGUCUCUCAGUUCCUGGACUGAAUAUCUAAUCACACUGGCUCUCAAAUUCUGUGAACAUCUUAGGUUACAUUUAACACACAAUCAGCUCUUAGGUUUUUAUCAUAGAUAAGUGAAAAUAUGCAGGACAAAUCUGAGCUGAUGCUUUUUGUUUUAUGCACAUACCGUUUUAAAAUCGUGAAAAGUAAAGUAAAAUAAAAUAUUACACCCCCAAACAUCCCAGAAUCCCACUGGAUUAAUCAUAGCCUUAACAUAUAAUUCCUAGUACUGCUAUUACAGAUUAACAUCCACUAUCCAGAUUACAAUGAAGCAUGAACAGUGUUAAAAUUAGAGAUGCAUUUCCUAAUAAUGUUUUACAGUAACUAUAAUAGAUUGUUCAGGCUACAUCUGAUUACUUUGUGGGAUUUGUUAUGGGAAGAAAUGACGAUCAGGGUUGUCAAUGUAAAAUUAAAAAAUGGAUGAAGUCCUUCUGAAACACCCCCCAACUGAAUUGUGUAUUAUUUUAGUAACUGGUUUUUUCCUGCAUUAUAGAGGACAACUAUUUCCCCAAGGUUUAAGCUUUUAAGCCCAAUAAACUUUUAUAAAACCCCGAAGUUUUAUAGCACAAUGAGAGGUUAGCUGUCAACUAUCCCAAGUCAUACACCCACACCUCUGGGAAAGUGUCCUCUACAAUCCGUUUCAACAUGUCAUUCUGGCACAUGACACUAUCAGAUAUGGUGCACCUAUACGGCAAUUAUAAGCAAAAGCAGAAAUAGAACGGAAGACUAAAUCUCAAGGGGUGCAAUACUGUUUAGUCGCCUGGGCCCCUUUCCUGAUGCAUACCGCUGUCUCACCCCAUAGGUAUAUUUCCAUGAGUCACAAAAGGAACUCUGUUUUGAUUUUGAAAUUAGUUUUUCUGUUUCUAAAAUCACACCAUGCACAACAGUGGGGCUUUUGUACCAUGUCCCCCAACACUUCCCCAUUUCCCUUUUUAAUUUAACAUAAUCAGACAGAACAGGAAUUCCAUAAAGCUCGCUGAUUAUUUUGUUACUUUCUUUUUGGUUAGUUCUAAUAAAGAUAUUAAUCUGCCA